CGGCGCGUUUCGUUUGCGACGUUGCGUUCACGACGAAAGCCUCCUGCUCAUUUCAGCGUUAAUCUACGCUAGCGCCACAGUCGACGUAGCCGUUCGAGGUCUCACCCCCUUCCCCGCCCGCACGCGAGCUUAACGUGACUUGCCGCCUGCACAUUGGCCACGCCUUAUAUGAAGUCUUUCGCAGCCUGGCGGUCCAUGACAAUGAGGCAAAAAGCAUCCCUGCGGCCUGCGGACAUGUGUCCUUGCCAGGCCGCUGUCAUUAGUAGCUCGUGCAUGGGCUUUCACGUCACCGUCUACAACGACACCACACAUAGCUAACCGCCAGCAAACUGAUAUCCACUCUCACGCCCAUCGCCCAAGUCUCGAUCGCCAGUCCGACCCUCCUGCCUCUCGCAGCCUAGCGAUCUCCACGCCAACGGCACAUCUCUGAUACCGCGCCGCGCCAAAAGCUUGAUCGCAACCAACACCAGACGUCUCACGAACCCACUCCGUCUCAAUGAACGGUCGAACAGCCCUCAUCGCCGUCUCCGCCGUCACCCUUCUCGGUGCCCUCUACUACUUCAACACCUCCUCUCCCACACUGACCAUGUCCCCCUCCACAGCUACAGAAGGCGUCCCGGGCCUCGAAUUCAAGCUAUCUCAAAUCUCCCGGUCACCCCCCUCCCUCCUUGUCACCCUCAAAAACAACAACCCCACCACCCCCUUUACCCUCCUGAAAUGGAACACGCCACUCGACCCGCAAGCUGCCAACCUCGGGCUCUUCACGCUCGUCGAUGAAGAAGGGAAAGAGAUUCCGACUGAGGGGCUUAAAGUGAAUCGGUUGAUGCCGCCGAGUGCGGAGGAUCUGGUAACUGUGGCGCCCGGGACCGAGGAAGCGCACGAGGUCGUCAUGGAUAAGCCGUGGUUGCCGGAGAGGAAGCCGGCGAAGUACAAGGUCUCUGUCAAGGGAGCCUUUUCGGGGGUUUGGGAUAAGUAUGGGGGUGACAUCGGGACGGGGCAGUUGGAGGCGUAUGUGGAUUCGCCGUUCCACGGGAGGGCGUUUGAGAGUAAUGUGGUUGAGAUGAGGGUGGAGUAGCCUGUGAAUUUCCUAGCGCUGUGGGGGAUGAAGAAGCUUGUUAUUCGCUCGCGUGGUACGCGUUGUCUGACUGGGAGAGGUGGCGAGAGCGCAGGGAGGAGAUGAGACGGCGAUGCGGAUUCACAUGUGCAAUGUCAUUGACAUUUACCGGGCCGCUGCAGACGAUCGUGAUAGCGCAUGACCUACAACCAAGUCGAUUCCCGCACCUGCUUCGCGCCAUUCUCAGUAUCCUCAUGCGCCUCCCUCCAUCUCUGCUCCUCAAGCA